CGAACUGACCCAGCCCAGCCUAGACCGAACGAGCCCAGACCAGACCGAACCAGCGCCAGCGACGGAGACCUCCUGGCGGCGCGCCUCCCCGCGGCUCACCUCCCGGCGACGCAUCUCCACGGCGGGCGCGGCUCCUUCUCCGAGCGAUUCUCCAUGUGCUGAGACGCGGGAACGUCAAUCUGGGCAGGGAUGGAUGGUGUUGGAGUUCCAGAAGGGUAAUCUCACCUGAAACUCUCCAGAUUGCGUUCCUGAUGAUGAGGCUGGUAUGGUAGGUGAUUAUUUUGCGCCUCACACAACAUAUGAUCCAGGUAAUCCAAUCAUUAAGGAGAAGGACACCUUUGGAGACAAGGAAGAGUUUAUCCAGAUUAUGAGAACAUAUUGCAUAAAAAAUAACUUCGAGACUAUGGUUGAACAUAGCGAUAAGAAAAGGUACAGGGCAAGGUGUGCAGAUGAAAACUGCGAGUGGAGAGUUUAUGUGAAGAAACUUCAUGGUGGCAACACGUUCAUGGUGCUAAACAUAUCUUCAUUGGAUGAUCACACAUGUUCAGCCUCAACCACACUAAAGGGACAUCAAGCCUCCACGUCUUGGAUAUCUCAAAAAGCAAAAGAUAUUAUUAUAGAGGAUCCCACCAUCAGUGCAAAGAAAUUGCAGAAAAGAUUGGAGAAACAAUACCACAUUGAGAUGUCAUAUUUUAAAGUGUGGGCUGGGAAGAAAUCUGCAAUGAAUGAGAUUCAUGGUACUUGGGAGGAGAGCUUCACAAUGCUAUGGAGAUUCAAAGCAGCUCUAGAAGAAACUUGUCCAGGAAGCAUUGUGGAGAUCGAUUGCAAGAAGAUCAAUGGAAAAAUGCAUUUCUCAAGGAUGUUUGUGUGCAUUAAAGCAUGUGCUGAUGGCUUCUUGGCUGGGUGUAGACCAUAUCUUGGUGUUGAUUCCACUCACCUCACCGGCAAGUACAAUGGACAAUUUGCUGCAGCAACUGCCAUUGAUGGACACAACUGGAUGUAUCCAGUUGCGUAUGGUAUAUUUGGGAAGGAAAACAAUGCAAAUUGGGCAUGGUUCAUGAGCAAACUAAAGAAAGCUAUUGGCACUCCACCUGGGUUGACGAUCCACACGGAUGCUUGUAAGGGAUUAGCAUAUGGUGUCAAGAAAGCCUUUGGAGCGGAUGCAGAGCACCGUGAGUGCUUUAGACACCUAAUGGCUAAUUUUAGAAAGAAGUUCAAAGGUGAGGUACUAAAGUACAUGUGGCCAUGUGCAUGGGCAUGCACAACUCGCAGACAUGAUGCAUUGAUGGCGAAAAUUGCAGCUGAUUGUCCUAAAGCAAUUCCCUUCUUAGAUAUGCAUCACAAGCAUAUAUGGAGCAGAUCUAAAUUCUCCAAAGAGUGCAAAGUUGACUAUGUAAACAACAAUAUAUCAGAAUGCUUCAACAAUUGGAUCAAGGAUUACAAAGACCUUCCGGUUGAUUUUCUCAUGGACAAAAUUAGGGAGAUGAUCCAGGAGAAGAUGUACACAAGGAAAGAGAUAGCCAAAAGACUUGAAGGCAUCAUCCUCCCAAGUGUGUUACAUGAGUUGAACAUGAAGAGUCGAGCGUUGCACUAUGAUAUCCAGAAAAGUGGCCCCAUCUUAGCUGAAAUAUCAGGAACAACAAAAGAAGGGAAGACAUGGAGGUAUGCGGUCGACCUUGAGAAAAGAGAAUGUGGUUGCGGACAAUGGGAGGUGUCCGGAAAACCAUGCCCUCAUGCUCUAUACUUGCUUGGCAAAGUUAGACUACUAAAGACCGAGGACUUUGUGCAUGACUAUAAUUCGGUAGAGAGAUUCAAGAUGGCUUAUCAAUUUGAGAUCGCUCCAAUGAAUGGCAGGUCUGAAUGGCCUAAUGUUGAUGUUGGUUUUGAAAUAAUUCCUCCACCUCUACAAAGGGCUGCUGGCAGGCCAAGGAAACAAAGAAUCAAGGCUAGUGGAGAGCCUGGAAAAAGAGGACAAUAUCAAUGCAAAAGGUGCUAUCAGUUUGGACAUAUAGAGAAGGGUUGUAAUGCUACUCAAGCUGAAUUAGAACAAGAGCUUCCUCCUCGUCCAAAAAAAGGAAAAAAGCCAAGGAAAACCAAAUCAGAAGAUGGUGAGGCCUCUACAAAAGUUGUUGAACCCUCUUUGAUGCCGCAUUCAAGCCCAAGUGGAAGGACUGCUGCUAUUUCUCCAACUAGCCAAGGUGUAACAAUUGGAAGGAUGACGUCUCUUUCUCCAACUAGCCCAUGUGUAACAACUAGAAGUAUGGCUGCAAUCUCACCAGGGGGAAUCAACCGUAGGCUCAUAAUUGAGUAGAUGAUUUCCUUUUGAGAUGAUUGAGUAGAUGAAUUAGAUAUCUAAGUACUUUGCCGUGAACUGUGGUCUUUUGUGUAAACAGUCCGUAGAAGUAUGGCUGUUGAAACUUGUGCUCUGUCAUUUCAAACUCGUUGAGAUGGUUGUUAUAUCCUACUAAAAUCUAGUGUCAUAUGCACUCCUAUAUCUUGCUGUAGUGUUAUUGAUC